AUGGAAGAAAUUAUCUCUCGGGAACCCAGAGAUCUGGGCAGAGCUCUGUGCAUCAUCACGGGGGCUUCAAAAGGUUACGGACGGACACUGGCGGUACAGCUGAGCUACCUGCUGAAGCCCCGGUCCAUACUGCUGCUGGUGGCCAGAACCAUGGAUCAGCUCAAUGAGGUGAAGGAUGACAUCAUGGCCCUGGAUGACAGACAGAAGAGGCUGGUUGUCCGCUGUGUGCAAGCGGAUUUGGAGAAGAUGGAAGGUGUGGAGAAAACAAUUCAGGCAGUUAAAGAGACUUCCCCAUCUGAGUUGGAUCACUUACUGCUCAUCAAUAAUGCAGGCUCUCUGGGUGACGUGUCUCGAUUGGCUCUGACCUUCACUGACCCCACGGAGGUCAACCGUUACCUGUCCCUGAACGUCAGUGGAGUGCUCAGUCUAACGGCUGGUGUUCUGCAAGCGUUUCCUCGUUGUCUGGGUCUUCAGCGUACAGUGGUGAACAUCAGCUCUCUGUGUGCGCUCAAGGCCUUCCCCUCGUGGGUUCUGUACUGCACCGGUAAAGCGGCCCGUGACAUGCUGUUUCGUGUGCUAGCAGAGGAGGAACCUGACGUCAGAGUGCUCAGUUAUGCACCUGGUCCUCUGGACACAGACAUGCAGGUUCAAGCUCGCUGUUGCUCUGGAGAUCUGAAGCUCCGUCGCUCUUUCUCCUCCAUGUUCUCUGCGGGACAGUUGCUGUCCUGCGAGGAGUCCGGUGCCAAACUCAUGAAACUCCUGCUGGAUAAUGAUUACCCUUCAGGGGCCCAUGUAGACUUCUAUGAACUCUAG